UAAGUAAUAAAGUUGCUGAGAAAAAUAGAAACCUUAUUGGAAUAGAUGUAGCAAGUGCGCUUAAUUAUUUUCGUGAGCUUCAAUCUAAAGAUCCGUUAUUCUUCUAUGCUAUUGAUGUUGAUGACCAACAGCGGGCUCGGAACAUAUUUUGGGUAGAUGGAAGAUCAAGAUUAGCAUAUGAGCAUUUUGGCGAUGUUGUCACUUUCGAUACAACUUAUAUGACGAAUAAAUAUAGUAUGCCAUUUGCUCCUUUUAUAGGGGUUAAUCAUCAUUUGCAGUCUAUAUUUUUCGGGUGUGCUCUCAUUAGAGAUGAGACUGCUAAUACAUUUGCUUGGUUGUUUGAAACAUGGAUUAAAGCCAUGUAUGGUAGACACCCAAAAGCUAUUAUUACUGAUCAAGAUCCUGCUAUGAAAAAGGCCAUUGAGGAAGUCUUUCCAACCACUGUUCAUAGGUGUUGUCAGUGGCAUGUGAUGAGAAAAGCAAAGGAGCAUUUUGGUGUGCUUUAUAACACUAAGGAUGGCUUUGAAAAUGAUUUGAAAGAAUGCAUAAAUUGUAGUUUAAGCAUUGAGGAGUUUGAGGAUGCGUGGAUAACAAUGCUUGAUAAAUAUGAAUUGCAUGAAAAUAACCAUCUUCGGUUGCUAUGGAAUAUUCGACAUCAAUGGAUUCCUGCAUAUUUUCGAGAUACUUUCUUUGCCAAUAUGUCUACGUCACAACGUAGUGAAAGUAUGAAUGCCGUUGCAAAAAUAUGGUUAGAUGCACAUACAUCAAUAUUCAAGUUUGUCAUGCAAUUUGAGAAAAUGACACAUAAUCAAUAUGAGAGAGAGGAUUUAGAGGAUUUUAUGACAAAGGAUAGAGAGCCCAGUUUAUGGUCAGAUGAUCCAAUUGAGAAAGAUGCACGCCGCAUAUACACAAGAAAUAUUUUUUCAGAAUUUAAGACUCAAUUAAGAGCGACGACGGGUUAUAAGUUGAUUGAGUUGAAAAAAGAUUCACUAUAUAAGAUCAGCUCUAUAUCACACUCGUCCACUUCAAGACAAUGGAUGUGCACAUAUAUAGUGACUGUUGUAAGGCCCGAAAAUAUGGUAUCCUGCACUUGUAAAUUGUUUGAAUUUUAUGGCCUCUUAUGUGCUCAUGCGCUUAAAGUAAUGCAUUAUAUUGAGAUUUAUAACAUCCCACCUCAUUAUAUAUUAAAUAGGUGGACUAAGAAUGCAAAAAAGAGAAUACCAAGCAAUAGUACAGAAAUGAGUGAUGGUUCCUCGUUUUGUAGAUCUCGAAGGUUUGAUUCCCUUACAUUAGAAAUGCAAAAAUUUAUCUUUGAAGGUUCAAAAAAUCUUAAGGCACAUGAAACUGCAUGUCAGAUAAUUAGAGAAGGAAUUGAUACACUAACAUCAAUUAAUCAAAUGUUUGAAAGUGAGGAAGCGACAAUCAAGGAGCCUUCAAUUAGUCUUCACAGAAUCGUAAUUUCACAAUCAAGCCAAGUAAAUAUGCUUGCAUCAGAAUGCACGAUUAAAGAUCCUCCUCAAUCACAAUGUAAAGGAAAGAGAAAACCACAAAGGUUUAAGCCUUCCAUUGAAAAAAAGAUUAGGGUGCCAAGAACUUGCAAGCAAUGUGGUAAAAAAGGACACAACAUUAGGACUUGUAAGGAGAUUGUUGAUGAAGUGCCAUCUAACGAUCCAAGUUUUAGCGAGAGGCUUGAAGAAACCGAUGACGAAGAGACUUAAAAGCAAGAACAAAUCAGUGUUGUACCUUUGCAGAUUGUUGUGCCAAAGUUUUUGGAGAUUGUUGUGCUAAAUCAGUGUUGUACCUGACUUUACUUUGCAGAUUGUUGUGCACACAACUUAUUUGCAGAUUGUUGAACAUUAUUGUGCUUAUUGUUUUGGAUAUGUAUAACAAUUCUAGAUCACCGUUUUCUUUGCUUUCAUUUUGUUAUUUCGAGGUCCGUUUUUUGUUCUGAAUCAUUGAAGCUCAUCUCCUC